AUGCCUUCAAUCCAGAGGAGAAGGCUAGACCCACUCCCAAAAAAGCAGAGGCAUCCUAGGAAGGCCACAAGGACAAAGAGAACCAGGAAGAUCAAGAGAAAGGAGAAGGUGGAAGUCCACUGCCUCCCCAUUUUUCCAACGCCUUCGGUACCACUAAAAAGUGAAGAAAAUGAGGCUGUAGAUAAAAAGCCAACCCUAGUCAGUGCCCAGGAGAGUGAUCCUUACCUUCCCAAUGAGGACAAAUUAUAGAGCGAGCAGGAUGAGGGUACCUGUCUGAUACAUCAGGAAUGUCAGAACCUGCCCUGUGGGCUCUCAGUGUCCCAGGAACCAGGGCCCUCUUCUCCUAUAGUGACGUCCUUGGCAUCACCACCACUCUGCUUCGGUCGUUUCCUAAGCUGUGUCUGCCAGACCUUCUCGAGGUCUAGGAAGCGGAAACCUCACAGAAGAAAGGGCAACAAGCAGGCUGAGACAGGAGGUGAUACUAAGGCUCCCAGACCUUGCAGCCGCACCAAAGCCUGUAGCAACUUGAAGAUGGUAGAAGUUUCUCUUGUGUUUAUUUUUAGAGUUUUCUCUGUAUAUCCUUGUACUUUUGGACAGCGUUGGCCCGGGGAUGGCCCCCGUCUUCGAGCUGUGGCUGCGAUAUGCAACUUGCUGCAAGAAACUGAAAAAUUCACCCUCGGACAAAAGGUCGUCACCGGGCCAAACCUUCUAAAGACCAUCCGGGAUGUUACAAAGAGAUGCCAGCUAUGUGCAAGAAACAACCCAAAGACUGUGCCCCACCCAACGGAAACGGGAGUCCAACACCGAGGAACAAACAUGGGAGAAGACUGGCAAGUAGAUCACAGUGAUGCCCCGGGCACCCAGGAAUUUCAGGAGACCUGGACAGAAAAGGUGCUGGUGAUCCUACAGGCAAAGGGACAUUGA